AUGGCGAAACGAGGCGCACUGUCCGGUGACUAUGCAGUCCCGUCUGCAUAUUAUGAUCAUGUACCAGUUAUGGACAGCGACUCUGAUGAAACCAAUGGAAUCGUUCGUUUCCUUCGCGACGAAAUAUUCGCUCCCAGUAAACGUCGAGGGAACUUGGAAACUGCCAUGUCUAUCAUAGUGUUCGCUGGGGCCGUUGCUCUCUUGAGAAAUUAUGGAGAACUUUUGGCG